GCUCCGUGCCGGGAGGCGGAAGCGCUGACCCCCACGUGGUUCCGGGCGGGAGCCGCCGCGGGGUGCCCGUGCCCGUGCCCGUGCCCGUGCCCGUGCCCGUGCCCGGUCGGCGCCAUGGACCCGGUGCGGGCCCAGCAGCUGGCGGCCGAGCUGGAGGUGGACAUGAUGGCUGACAUGUACAACCGGAUGACCCACGCGUGCCACCGCAAGUGUGUGCCCCCCCACUACAAGGACGCGGAGCUGUCCAAGGGCGAGAGCGUGUGCCUGGACCGCUGCGUGGCCAAGUACCUUGACGUCCACGAGCGGAUGGGCAAGAAGCUGACGGAGCUGUCGCUGCAGGACGAGGAACUCCUCAAGCGCAUGCAGCAGGGCGCUGGCACUGCCUGAGCUGCGGCACCCACCCCACCGGCGUCCCCUCCCCAUUAAAGCCCAGGGCUUAGCAGCCA